ACAACAAACGCUAGGAUCGGGAGUAUGAUCGAGCCGAAACGAGGGGUUGACCAUUGGGAUAGGGGGUGUUCGACCGCCCGAGUCCCUUUUUUUUUUUUUCCUCAGCCUUCCCUUUCGCAUGCAUUGAGAUUCGGGCUUGCGGUGCAGGGUGCAGAGUUGGGCACCAGAGGCCGCGGAGGGGGAGUCGGGGAGCGACACAGCUCGCGCAGGGCACACAGCACGUGGGAAGCGCGGAAGGCUAAUGCAAGGUACAAUCGGAAGGUUUGCCAGCGUGGACGUGGGUAGGGGUGGUCCAUGUGUGUGCGCAUGGGAGCGGUGGCCCAGCAAGCAAGCGGUGAGAGAGGGAGAGGAGCGAGAGAGAAGGCGGAGCGUGCUCCUCGUCAAGGCCUCACAAGCGGCGGAUCGUGAGUUCGCGAAUUGCCGCGCAGGCGCCGCCUCGCGAGAUCUUCGCCCCGAGCAGGCGUGUGCUUUUCUCGCAUUUCGCUUCGGGUUUGCGUGUGGGAGUGGGCGCAGGUCGCGGCGUGCGGAGUCAGCAGCAUCGGGAGGCCGUGUACUCUACGGCGUAGAAGUUUUGUCAAAGAGCGGUGCGGUGCGAGGCGACAAGCGAGAGGAGGAGAGGCAGUCGCGGUCGCGCGCUCAAGCUGGUUCGCGACGCCUGCAUGAUGCGAUCAUCGUCAUCAUCGUUGGGCGAGUCAGGCGGCGUCGUCUCUCGCGCGGAGGGACAUUGCGCAUAUCCGACGAUUGCAAGCAAGAUUGCCGGUUGGCCUGAGCAUCGGAGGAGCUUCAUUUCCCGCGAUGCGGGCGGACGGACAGGCGGACCAGGCGUUUGCUCAAAGGGCUUGGGGUGGAGUUAAGGUUCUUCCA